AUGGCGAAUGCCCCAGAGGAGAAGUCGGCUGAUACAGAAGGGGAUAGCGAUGAUUCUGACGAAGAAACUGCUAAUCCAAAUCAUCUGUCCAGAGGAAUAUUACAACAGCCCUGUGAAGUUCGGUUUAAUGACUCAGAUUUUGAUGAAGAAGAUGAUAACAUACCUUUAUCAGUUAUUAGAAAUAAUUUAGCAUCUACAUCUAAAGAAUAUGUUUUACCAAUGACUCCGACUGUCAACACAUCAAAUCCUAAAAGGCGUAGACAAUACAAUUGGUCCGAAAAUAUACCACUGUAUAACAUAAACCAAAUUUGUACUCCCAGAGCGCCCUCUGAAGCGGCGUCUUCUGCCAAAACGCCUCUUGAAUUUUUUAAUUUGUUUUGGAGUGAAACUAUUAUUGAACAUAUAGUGACUCAAUCAAAUAAAUAUGCUCAGCAGAAGAAUGUCCCUUUAAAUAUUACCAGAGAAGAAUUUUACGUAGUUCUUGGGGCUAUGCUGCUAUCGGGAUACACCAAAUGUCCGAACAAGCGCAUGUAUUGGUCAAGUACUGAAGAUGUCCCAAAAAUUAUUUAUAAUAGUAUCCGACUCAACAGAUUUGAAAUUAUAAUACAAUAUCUCCAUUUCAAUGAUAAUUUUUUAAAUACCCAUACAGAUAAAUUGUACAAACUACGCCCUAUCAUAAUACACCUGAAUGAAAAUUUCAGGCAGCAUGGUGGCUUGGAAGAACACAUUUCGAUUGAUGAAAGCAUGAUACCAUAUUACGGCAAGCAUUAUGCGAAACAAUAUAUCAAAGGGAAACCAAUUAGAUUUGGGUAUAAAAAUUGGGCUCUUUGUACCAGGACAGGAUAUUGUGUGACAUUUGAUAUAUAUACCGGCAAAUCUGAUGCACGUGAAAAUAAAUUUGGGCUUGGUGGAGAUGUCGUUCUAACAUUGUUAGAAAAUGCAAAAAUAUGUCCUAAUUCAGGGUAUAAAAUAUAUUUUGACAAUUACUUUACAAGUAUUGGAUUACUUGAUUAUCUUGCCAAUCGAAAUAUUUGUGCAAUGGGAACAGUUCGGGAAAAUAGAUUGGAACGCUGCCCCUUUCCCGAUAAGAAAGAGUGGAAUAAAAAACCAAGAGGGGCUUAUAAAUUUAUGGCUAGCGAAUCAGUUCUAAUGGUUAAAUGGAAAGACAAUAAAGUCGUUACAGCAGCAUCUAACUUUUCCUCCAACAGUAUUGUUAAAACUUCACGAUGGUGCAGAAUCACCAAAUUUAAAAAACAAAUUGAUCAACCAGAAAUAAUAGCGAAUUAUAAUAUUGGAAUGGGAGGAGUUGAUAAAAUGGACAGUCUAGUGGCUGUCUAUAGAACAAGAAUUAGGCAACGCAAAUGGUACUGGCCAAUUUUCGCAUAUUUAGUUGACGUUUCAGUGUCUAAUGCUUGGCUACUCAUGAAGAAACACUUACCAAAAGAUAAAAACUGUUCAAGUUUACUGGUUUUUCGUAGGUACAUUGCAAAUUCGUUAUUACAAACUUAUGGGACACCUUCAUCAAGAGGUAGAGUAUCUACUACCACGAAUGAUGUGAGGUUUGACAACACUAACCACAUCGUAGUGUAUAGUGAAACUCACAGAUGGUUAAUUGAAGAGUAUUCAAACGAAGCAUUGGGUUUUGUAAGUAUUAUGAGCCUUAGGGCUAGUGAGAAUAAGGAUGCUGCUGCCUUAACUCCAUCGAAAGGCACUGAGUUUAAAAAAUUAAUAGCUGCCCAUACACGGAAAGGCCAGGCCUUCGGACUUGGCCUUGAGGCCGGGGCUUUCAGUUCGGCAAUUUUCCUCAAGACAAAAACAUAA